CUGCUAAUGGCCUUUGUCUGAAGGCGGGGAGGACUUGGGUCGUUAGGCUGCUGGUUAGCAACAAACAGAAGGUUACGAGUUUAAAAAAUUGGAUUGUUUCACCGCCUGACUGGCUUUACGGCAACGAGAGCGGUAUGAACUGUUACGGGUGUGUGACUGUAGCUUGUUGGGUCGCUUUUGAGGGCAGCUGGCAGUGAUUUGCAACAUUUCGGGCUGAUAGCGGAGGCAACCUCGCUUCUUGGUCGUUGGAAGUGGCGAUGCUGAGCUGAUAGCUGCGUCAUCAUGUUGCUUCCGACUCGAGUUGGCGAAAAGAAAUCUCAAGUUAACGCCAGCGGUGAGGCUGCCUGCCGUCAUCCAGCUCCGGAGGCCACUCCCGGCCCCUGAAAUUGAUGGAAGACGGUCUGCUGGUGAGCUGUUUGCGUUGGAGGGUGUUUACGUGGUCGCCGUCAAAGUGGUGACUUUACAUCACUUGUCUCGGCGCUGUUGGCGCGAUACUCUCCUGGCUGCAUUUAUUAUCUAACUAUACUUGGAUGGACAGUUAAAUAUUCCCUAUUAAUACCGCGUAGCGUUACAGGCUGCAAGAUUGUAACCUUGCGGAAAUAUUACCAAAUGUUUCCCGAACAGAAAGUGCAACCAAUGUUAUAUUAUUUGGGGAGAUGUUGGCCAUAACUGUUUUAUAUAGUGAGAAGUGAAGCCCUCACUGACAGCUAGGAUAGAAAGCAGGACCCCCCCCCAGUGAAAAUGCUGCUGACUCCUAUCUGAUGGCCCCACUUGAGGAAAAACCCGUUUUAUAAGCCACAAUGAGAGACCUUAGGGUUCGUUUUAGCUAAGUGCUUAGCAAACGUGUCAGUGUUUCUUGGGACUUAUUGUUGGGUCGGUGAUCUGUUGUCUCCUGUCACCGAAUCCACGUGGACUUUGUUUCAGGUCGGUGGGUAAAGUUUGGCUAGCAGCUCACCGCCGUGACGCGCGAGGGUUUGUUUACUUCAAAGAGUAAGAAACUGGUUUCCCCAGCUCGGAUAAAGUUACCACAAUACACCAGAAUAUAAAACCGGUUAAAAUGGCCGGCGACUGCACCCACACUAACGAUCAUUACGCGAACGCAGAGACGUUUUGUCCAUCCCAGCCCUGGUCGGAUGGAGACGGAGAGAGAGCCGGGGAGAUGCAGUCAGCCGAGAGCUUAAAAGGGCGUGGACCCCACGCAAGGUGGGCGCCGAACUUUGAGGUGAUAGACGGGCUGCUGUACCGCAAGAAGCUGGAAAGGGGCUUCAUCAACUACCGGGAGGUUUUGGAUGAGGACCGGAGACAUGAGGCAAUCUCCACCUUUCACCGGCGACAGCGCCCUGGUCAGCGCCACCUCUCCCUGGAGGAGACCUACAGAUGUGUGGCUGAAAACUACUGGUGGGAAGGGAUGUAUUUCCAGAUCAGAGAUUUUGUCCUGGGCUGUCCAGAGUGUCAGAGGCAGCACACCAAGAAGACUGAGGAGCUGGGUGGCAGAGGAUGUGUCACGAAGACGAUGGCGUCACACAGCGCUGACAUGUUGAGCAAGCUUAGGAGUCAACGGGAGGCGGGGCUGUUCUGUGACAUUACCCUGCGUACGAACGGGCGGCCCUACCUGGCCCACAGAGCUGUUCUGGCCGCUGUCAGCGAUCACUUCCAGGAAAUUUUCACAGAAAUGGAUUCGAACAUGAAAGCAGACUUGGACCUCACCGGUUUUAGUGAGGACAGUCUCCUGGCUCUGCUGGAUUUCUCCUACUCCUCCACUCUGUGUGUUUAUAAGGAGGACCUUCCCGAAGUCAUGGCCAUGGCCCGCCACUUGGGCAUGUGGCCUGCAGUGGAAGCCUGCUCAGCUCUCAUGAAAGAGCAGGAGCAGCAACUCUGUCCUGGCAAGGGCUGUACCUCAGCCUGUGCUGGUGCAUGUCAUGAGCAUCACCGCCUGCAGAGCAAAAGGAAAAGAUCUUUGGGAUUAGAGCAGAAUAUGGACAACAACUUCAGUCUGACACUGGAUGCAUCAGAUGAGUCUUCAGAAGGAAGCCCAAGACGUAAUUUGCGCAGGACACCGAAACCCCAAGGCCAUAAUGGCCUUCCUCUGAGUCCCUCCCACAGGAUGAAGCUCAUGGACUUCAAAUCUCCCUCUUCCAAGAAGGUUACUGCAUCUCGACACACCAUUGCUACCCCUCAGGCACACAAUUACUCCCCCAUAUCACCAUCAAACACCCGUCUUCUCCGCUCCACUCCUGGGGCUGCCAAGGAGGUGCAGCGAUUGCUAGAGUCCCCUCGACCAAGCAAAAAACCUCACCCUAUCACUCGACUCUCGUGCAGCCCUGUGAGGGUGAAGCAGGAGGUGGAGGAGGUUGGAGAGGAUGAGCAGGAUUAUGCGAGAGCACAGGAGAAGUACAAGCUGAUGACUGUUCUUGGCUUACAGAGGACCGCCCUCCUCCCCAGACCAGAAGAUUUGAUCGGCUGGAGACAAAAGAAACGACUGAGAAAGCUGAAGGCUAAUAACUAUUCUCUGACCAAGCGGCGAAAACCACGCUCCACCUCCCCAGGGCUGUCAUAUGGAGAUGUGACGCUGUCACUUCCCUUAUGUAACCCCGUAAACACUCGCCUUCUCAAUAAGUCAGUAAAGACCAAGCCUGUGGGUCCAGUCAGCACAGAGCUGAUGACAACAAGGAGGCCCAAGACCGCUCGGCGACAUGUCCCUCCAAGUGACAGGAGUAUGCGAAGUAAAGGCGUGUUACCAGACAUAUUCUCGCCUUCCUUCGGUGGGAGGGAACUUAGACGAUCGGUGAGGAAGGGUGACAGUGCCCGCCUUUCUGCACAGCAGCCUCCACGACGCAACACCAACAAAACUCUAGUAAGAAACACAGUCAGGAUCAAAUCAGAACCAGCUGAAUACUCUAUCUCAGGUCUCCCUCCUGCGUCAGACAUUUGCCAUGGUCACGCACCUCCCAUAUCCCCACCCUCACAGAGAACACAGGCCAGAAAUAAGGUCACCGUCGAGACGGUCAAAACGCUGCGUUACAACAGCAGCAGACCUGCACCAAAGGCCAAGCUUAGACGGGGCUCGGCAAGAGUGGUGGAGAAGACUAAGUGUAAGUCCACAGAGGAGGGGAGGAAGCUGGAAAGCCAGGGGUUGAGGGGCGUCAUGGACACUAGACCGGGGGUGAAGGUUAAUGAACCUGGUGAGCUCCUUUUUUCAGAGCAGGCACCUCCUUCAUCCAUCUACAACCAUCCUCUGUACAAAGUCAUCAAAAAGGAGCCAGCAGAACCUGUACCAGUUGUUGGUCCUUUCCCUGAUCCUCCCUCACCAGACAGGGGUAAGCGCCAGAGCAAGCCCCCCAUCAAAUUACUGGACUCAGGCUUUCUGUUCAGCUUCUGUCGGCCAGCAGGGGGUGCGAUGGCAGUACUGAAGAAAGAGGAGGAGAGCGUGGACAUCUGCUUAACACGCUCUGUGUCACAAGUUGGGGAGAAAUUCGGAGCAGAGGAGUCCCCCCACAGGGCACUGCGAGCCAGAGUGCCACCCACCCUGCCUGUGGUGAAGAGGGAGAGGGAGCAAAGGAGCAUAAGCCAAAGCAAGGUUCAGAGAUCCAGGCCAAAGUCCCGAGACAACACUCACCAGAAUAUGGCCAAAUCUGCUGGGCCAAAAGCCACACGGACUAUGCCAAAGCAAGGUAAAAUCCCUCUGAGCAGCAGGAGCUGCGUCAUGCUGGAUGCCAUACGUCGGGCAAGGCUAAAGCAGCUUCGAGGGCCUCGUAGUCAAGCCCCCAAAGUCCCAAAAGCAGCCCAUGCCUGUCUUCAGUGUCCAGCUUCAUACAAGGACUGCGAUGCUCUAAUCAUGCAUCGCCUCAGGCACAUCGAGGGCAAGCACUGGCCAUGUCCGCUCUGCAGUAAGACGUUCUUUCGACUGAGGAAUGUACGGAGUCACAUCCGCACCCAUGACCCCAAGUUGUACAAAUGCCGGAGCUGCAUUGUCGCUGGUUCCUGAGGCAGCUGGGGGGUCCGCUCUAGCAGUGAGACUAAGGGUGAAGGCUGUCAGUGUCUUACACCAGCGAACAAACUGCAGUCAGUCACCCGAUCGAUCAGCAGCUUGUACAUACUGCAUUCGUCACACAAAAGCACAGCGGUCUGUGGAAAGGCAUAAUUACUGAUUAUAUACUGAUAAUAACUGAUUCUAAUCAUUGCUGUCAUCAAUGAUUGCUAAUGUUAUUUAAAUAACCAAACCACGUUUGCUGGUCCUCUUUGCUUUUCCGUAGCUACAGAAGGUUAAACUUGAACAUUACACUCAGGGGGUGGGGAAGGUGAUGCCACGACAUAAAAGUGAUUUAACGUCACGGAUGUGUAUAAAAUGAAAUGUAAAGUGAUUGUUAUAACUAUUACUGCUACUUAUUGUUAUCAUUAUUUUUUAUGUAUUGAUCGAUUUUGAGUGCACUUAUAUCAUAGCUUAUGUUGUAAACCUAAGAAGUGGUAAUGAAACUGAAGGUUUCCACGGAGGGAAUACUUGAAGUGAUGGAAGCGCUGGAGGGAAUACUUGAAGUUGGAGGGGGUGGGGGUCCUGGGAGUGAGACUUUGGGUGUUUCAGUGGGUCUUUGUCCUUUGGUGUGCUAACUCUUAAAUGACUUGACUAGUCUGUCCCUCCUUUUGUAUUGUCUCUCACAGUCCAUGAGUCAGGGAUUGGACUCUUGACACCACUGCAUGCGUAUUUGCAGGCCCUUUGUAGACCACUGUCUUUUCUAAGGCUGCCAAUUUUAAAAAGGGAAACGUGUCUCGUUUUUAAUGUGAAUUUCUGAACAGUAAUUAACACAACUGUGUUAUUACAGAUCUCUUCUUCCACUUUAAUCCAAGACACUUGUAGUCUUGUUCUACUAGAAGUCCUUCAAGUACUCCUCCUGAGUAAAUGCAAUGUGUUCACAUGAAGAGAUGUUUAUGUUUUACAAAGUGAUUUUAGAAAUAAAUGAGCUGUCUCUUGCUAUCUGUUAAAAGGCUAAAUAAAUUUUUGCUUUUUA